GGAACCAGGAGCGGGGCUGGAACGACCCCCCUCAGUUCUCCUACGGCCUUCAGACGGCCCACGGACCUCCGAAGAACCUCCUGAAUAAGAGAGCAGUUCAACCGACAACCUCAGGUGCAGGAGUCACACCUUCAGCUCCUCUGUGUUCCAAAGCUCCACCCCCUCCCAUUUGUAGUAUAGCUCCGCCCCCUUUCCUUCCAGGUGAGCGUGUGGCCACGCCUCCUUCUCCUGUUGGACCAAUGAGGAGUCAGGAAGAAGCAGCCAGCAGCCAAUCAGAGCCUGAUGUGUGUGCAGUGAUGUUGGUUCUGAACAGAGCGCUGGAAGCUUGUAGAACCUCUGUUAAAGUCCAGGUGUGUAAUGAAGUGGCAAAGAGGCUCCGCCUCCUGGAGGACAGCUGGAGGACAGGUAAACUCAGCCUACCUGUCCAGAGACGCAUGGACACCCUGUCCCAAGAGCUGCAGGCGGGUCACUGGGACUCAGCUGAUGAGGUCCAUCGCUCCCUGAUGGUGGACCAUGUGACCCAGGUCAGCCAAUGGAUGGUCGGAGUCAAACGACUCAUCGCAGAAACCAGAAAUCUGAGUCCAGAACUCCUGAGACCACUUCAGAACUUAACAAGACCAGAGUCUGCUGAACCAGCUGAGGGCUCGAAAAAACCAGACCAGGACCCUGUGGAUCCAGACCAGGACCCUAUAGAUCCAGUCCUGAGCUCUUUAGAACCAGUCCAGGACCCUGUAGAACCAGUCCAGGACCCUGUAGAACCAGUCCAGGGCCCUGUGGAUCCAGUUCAGAACCCUGUAGAACCAGUCCAGGACCCUGUAGAACCAGUCCAGGACCCUGUGGAUCCAGUUCAGGACCCUGUAGAAUAGUCUGGGACUCUAUAAAACCUGACCUGAAACUGGACUUGGAUCAGUUGGUCUCUGGGUUUUUAGUUCCAGCUCUUUGGAGCCCAAACAAACUGGACUUUUUAAACUUCUGCAGCUUCUGGAUUCGGACCUUCAACACUUCAGCUGUCUGUCAGUCUUUAGGUUCUGAGGUUUUGAGGUGCAACUAACCUGGAACAGAAGAGCCAGUCUUCAGCUUUACCCUGGACUCUGUGGACCUUGGACUUUGUGGACUCUGUUGGUGCUGAUAAACCGUCAGCAGAUUUAUGGUGCACCUCUAGUUUAGACCCCGAUCCUAAUCCGGAUCCAGUGGAUCCUGGACCAGUUGCUCACCUGUCUGCAGUGAAGUUGUUGGUUUGUAGAAAAUAAAUCUGUUUUCUCUUA